UUUAAUACAAAUAUACUAUCCUAAUCUUGCAGAUCGGGUUUCAUUUCGUUUAAGUUUUGCGGCCUCAUUAUGUGAUAUAGGUUACUCUAGUCAUCUUUUGGUUUUUUUUUUUCGGACUACUAUGCCAGGUUUUAUAUGUGGAUACUUGGCUUGGGCACUUGUAUUCUUUACUCUUUCUUCUAUAUUCUUUAUCGUUUGUAUAGCUUUGAAUCUUCAUAUAAUAUUCGUAAAUGAAUAUAAAAGUUGUUAUAAUAUUGAAAAAUAUUAUUAUAUAAUUGCAUUUACUUUUGCCCUUUUAUUUUCCCUCCUUCCUAUUACCGAUAAUAUGUAUGGCUACGAUGAUUCUAAAGGUAAAGG